AUGGGUGACCCUGGAGAGCAUGGACGAAAUGUAAGAGAAAUGGUCCCAAGACAGCACCCUCACAGCCCCAGCAGCAUGAGCAUUAUCUACAGAUACUCACAAGGUGCUCCAGGACCCACUGGACUGAGAGGACCAAAAGGAGAACAGGGGUUAAAAGGACCCCCUGGGCCCCCUGGAGAUGUGACAGAGGGGGUGAAACAAAUGAAAGGGGACAAAGGAGAUAAGGGAGAAGCAGGUGACCCUGGGGAACAUGGUAAUAAAGGUCAGCAAGUCUGUCUGGCUCUGGGCUUCUCAGUUUGCCCCACAGUCUGUUCCACUUUAUCCUCUGCUCAUGCUCUCGCUUCUGCACAGGGUGACCCAGGGGAGAGAGGCAGCCCAGGAGAGAAGGGAGAGAGAGGAGCUGCUGGACUGGAUGGACGUCCUGGGCAGGACGGAAAACUUGGACCAUCCGGACCUCCUGGCUUAAGGGGUGACCCUGGUAAAUCAGGAGAACCUGGUAGAGAUGGCCUAACAGGACUCAGAGGACCGCAGGGGCCCCCAGGGCCUGUAGGGCCCCCAGGAAUUUCAGGCACACCUGGCAAACCAGGAGAGGAUGGAAAACCUGGACUUCCAGGAAAAGUUGGUGAAGAUGGUGUCCCUGGGGAGGAUGGCAGGAAGGGUGAUAAAGGAGACCCAGGGAGAAAUGGUCAAGAUGGUCUGAAGGGUGACCAGGGACCCACUGGACCUGCUGGUCCUCAUGGACCCCCAGGGGUCCCUGGCAGCAUUGGACCACCAGGACAGGUGGUGUAUAUUAAAGGGUUUGAGGCAGCACCUAGCCCAGGUCCCCAAGGACCCCCUGGAGCUCCAGGAAUCCCAGGGGUCCCAGGGGCUGCAGGAACCAGGGGGGAGAGAGGUCUACCAGGCUUGAAGGGAGAUCAAGGAGAUCCAGGAGAGGAUGGAUCACCUGGCAAACCAGGAGCUCCAGUGGAUGUAAAGAAGGCACUUUCCGUCCUCGGAGUUGAGGUUGUGGAUUUAAAGAUAGUGCUUGACAAAAAGGACAUCCUGUUGAAGGCAGGCACAGAGAAACCAGAUAAAGGACAAAAAGGAGAUAAGGGAGAUGCAGGACCCAGAGGUCCUCCUGGUGUAGAUGGUGGUCGAGGGCUUCCAGGGGACCAAGGCCACAAAGGUGAUCAUGGUGAGAAAGGGCCCCCAGGUCCCCAGGGUCCUGUGGGCAGAGCUAUUGGAGAAAGAGGUCCAGAGGGUCCUGCUGGACAGCCAGGAGAACCUGGAAAACCUGGAAUACCAGGAGUACCAGGACGUGCUGGAGAACUGGGAGAGGCAGGCAGACCUGGAGAUAAGGGGGACAAAGGGGUGAAAGGGGAGAAAGGAGAGCAAGGUAAAGCUGGUUUACCUGGUGCAGCAGGACCUCCUGGACCAAAGGGUGACUCAGCCACUGAGAUCCCUGGGUUACCUGGUCCACGAGGUCCACCAGGCCCUCCAGGUAUUAAAGGAGAGGCAGGCACACAAGGAUAUCCUGGACCUAAAGGAGCACAAGGGGCCACAGGAUUGCGAGGAGAAAAUGGAGAGAGAGGAGAUGCAGGGGAAAAGGGCCAAGCAGGCCUCCCUGGGCUACCAGGACAACCUGGAAAACCUGGACAGGAGGGGAAGCCGGGUUUGAAGGGGUCAGCCGGUCUGUCAGGCCCACCUGGCUCGCCUGGGUUCCCGGGAGUAUUGGGCAGACCGGGAAAUCCUGGAGAACCAGGGAUACGAGGUCCAACUGGGCCAGCGGGUCUACCUGGAUCUCUAGGUCCACAUGGUGUGAAGGGUGACCAAGGAGAGCCAGGUAUAGGAGUUCAGGGUUCCCCAGGGCCCCAGGGAAUGAGGGGAGUCCCAGGACCUCCAGGCCCCCCAGGAGCCAUUGGACCACAAGGACCUCCAGGGCUCCCAGGACAAGUGGGAGAGGGAGGAAAGCCUGGUGUUCCUGGUAGAGAUGGUGUACCUGGAAAAGAAGGAACUCCUGGCUUACCUGGAAAACAGGGCAUUGCUGGCCCAAUGGGCCCUCCAGGACUGAAAGGCGAGCAGGGUGACGCGGGUCCACCAGGAAAGUCAGUAGCUGGACCUCCUGGAGUGAAGGGUGAGAGGGGUCCUCCAGGUGAAACUUUGCCAGGAAUAGCAGGAGAGAAAGGCCUACCUGGAUUACCGGGCGUUAAGGGAGACAAAGGACCAACUGGAAUUAAAGGAGAAAGAGGUGUAGCGGGUGACCCUGGCGAGCCUGGGGAGAAUGGAGAAAGAGGACCACUAGGACCUAAAGGAACCAAGGGAGAAGCAGGCAUUGGAAUAGUUGGACCAUCUGGACAACCUGGCCCCCCAGGCUUAAAGGGUGAUCCUGGUCUGCCUGGUCCCCUUGGUCCCCCAGGGCCUCAAGGUAUAGCAGGAACCCCAGGACUAGCAGGCCAACGAGGUGAAGCAGGCCAGCCAGGACCUCCAGGGUCCCCUGGAGAAAGGGGUUUGCAAGGCUUCAUAGGUAAAGAAGGAAAUCCAGGGAUACCAGGUGCCGCUGGACCCCCUGGAUCUCAGGGCCCUCCAGGUCUAGCAGGCCUUAAGGGUGAUAAGGGUGAAGGUGUUGUAGGAGCACCAGGACAGAGAGGAGAAAGAGGAGAUCCUGGUCCUCGGGGAGAGGAAGGACGACCGGGAUUGGACGGAGAGAGAGGCUCUCCGGGAUUUCCGGGCAGCAAAGGGAGUCGAGGGGAAAAGGGUGAGAUUGGUCCUCGAGGAGACAAAGGAGAGAAGGGCGAAACUCUUUUGGUGGGAGGGGCUCCUGGCGACAAAGGAAAUAAUGGAGAAAUGGGAGAGAGAGGCCCAAAAGGGCUGCAGGGUGAAAAGGGUCUCAAAGGGCAGGAGGGGCCACCUGGGGUGCAGGGCUUACGGGGAGAGCCUGGGGAUAGAGGAUCUCCAGGGUUCCAGGGUGCCCGUGGGCCAGGAGGACAGAAGGGAGAGGCAGGACAGCCAGGAGUUCCAGGAGAACCAGGUACACCUGGUAAAGAUGGCUUCUCAGGCAUGAGAGGAGAGAAGGGAGAGAUUGGUGUAUUGGGUAUGCGUGGGCAGAAGGGAGAACGAGGGUCUAAGGGGACAUGUGGACCAAGUGGACAAAAAGGAGAACGGGGGGAUCCUGGAAUUAAUGGCAGACCAGGUUUACCUGGAAGGAAGGGAGAGCAGGGUGACAUGGGGUCUCCAGGGGCCAUAGGAAUCCCAGGAAAAGAGGGCCUUGUUGGACCUAAAGGUGACCGAGGUUUUGAUGGUGUAAUCGGGCCAAAGGGAACACAAGGGGAGAAAGGUGAACGGGGUCCCCCUGGCAUGCCUGGCCCCCCAGGUCCUCGGGGUGCAGAGGGGUCGCCUGGUCUGACAGGCCCCAUGGGGCCCGCUGGGGCCAAAGGCCCAGAGGGAAUGCAGGGACAGAAGGGGGAGCGAGGCCCUCCUGGUCCUGCCAUGGUUGGCCCCCGUGGCAUUCCAGGAAUCCCAGGAGAGAGAGGAGAACAGGGGGAAAUAGGCCUCGAUGGAGCUAAAGGAGAGAAAGGAGACCAAGGCAUAACGGAGGAAGACAUUCGUGCUUUUGUUCGAUCUGAGAUGAGUCACCACUGUGCCUGUGGAGGUGUUGGAGAAAUUCCGGCUCAUCCACCAGUUCAGACUUUCCGUGAUCGCUCCUCCACGUCCCCCGAGCUCUCUGUAACCCGGGGAGACGAGGAGGAUCGUGGGCUGCAUGUUGUGGUAAACACAAACGACCCUGACUAUGAGCACAUAUACUCCAUAGAGAGCUAUGAUGAUCCCAUGGAAGAAAUUGUUGACCUCACUGCCUCAGUCAAUCAGAGCAAAGAUUCCUGCAUAUUGCCACUGGAUGAGGGCAGCUGUUCCAGAUAUACCCUGCGCUGGUACUUUAAUUCUCAGGUGAGCGUCUGUAGGCCUUUCAUCUACAGUGGCUGUGGAGGAAACGCUAACCGCUUCACACACAAAGAGGAGUGUGAGCAACACUGCCUACCACUGAAAGAAGCUGCUCUUGCAUCAGAUGGUGAACACUAAUGGCAGGACUGCGACCUCUUCAGCACAGCAUCAGGCUUCAAUACCCUCAUUAUAGUCUACUGAUAGCUUUGAUGUCAUACUUACAUCCAUCCAUACUUUGGGUAUUUAUUUUGUGGAUCAAGCAUUUGCAUAUUUUAUCUUUUGUCCAUUCAUCUGUAUAAUUCAGUAUUUAGAUCAGAACACAACACAGACUUUUUAAAAAGUAUACCUUUAUUACCAUUGUCAAGCAAUAUCAUUGUUUGUUGCAGUUUCCAUUAUGAGAAAUCAUUGUACUAAUGCAUAAAAUCUGUGGAACCAUAGUAAUGAGUAUAUCCACUACUUAUAUUUAACACAAUACUCAAUACUGUUCUUAAUCAAUUACUUAAAUAUUGGAUUAUAACUAGAAAUGCCCAACGGUGUCAGUACUCUAUUAUUAGAGUAUGCAUACAAACAAAAAUUUGGCUGAUAUUUAGAUAUUUAGUUAAAAAACUUAAUUCUAAUUAGACAACAUUCUAGCCAAAGGUUACACAACACUAGUUUCCAGUAGUUUUGCACUUUUGUACAAAAUCAUGCACUUAAAUGCAAAACAUGCAAUAAUGCAAAACAUCAAUGACUGCAAUAGCAGAGUUGGAUCACUAAGACAUUUCUACCAGAAUCAUAUUUACACUUGCUUUGACAUAUAAGGUCUAAUAUUUCCUUUUUGCAUGAACCAAUCUUAUUUUUGGAUGACAAGGCCAAAUGAAAAAUGUAAGUACUAUUCAUAUUUAAGAAAUGUUAAAAUAGUGAUUUUGUUUUAUUAGUAUUUAUAUAGUGACAGAAGCAUUGGUCGGCCCGUUACAUGAGUAAAAUCAUGAGUUCCGUUUCUCAGGUGCUAUUUUUAGUACACAAUCUGUGCUGUAGGGCAGCUCUGUAAAUAUAGAUCUGUAUUUUUUCAACUUGUAGCCUUGUAGCCCAUAUUUCUUGAAUGAUCAAUUGUUGCAUAUUUACUUUGAUUUUAUAAAGAAAUGGUGCUAUUUUCCAAACAUAUUUAUGAUGUAGUUUGUAGUUGAUAAAUAUUUUGUCUAUGGUAAAAGAUGAUUCAACACUUCAGUUUAUUCAUCAGUUUUGGAUUCAUGAAUACAAAUGGUUUAAAGGUUUCAUGAGACACAUAUACAAAUACAAUUUAUUUGUGGAAAACAUAUUUGAGCUGAAAUGCCAGUUUUCUUUGUUGCUUUCUUUUUUCUUUCU